AUCUUCAGUUAGUCUUAGUCUGUGGUGUGUUUUUAUGUCAAUUGAUUCUGUCAUGUUAUUAUAAUUUUACUCAUUCUUCCUUUCCUAAUCGUAGUUUCUGUGUAAUUUUUCUAAUCUUUAAAAUAAUAACUUUAGGCUUUUAACCGUUGUGUUGUUCGUUGAGUUUUCAUAAUGGUUAAUGAUGAAAUAGUACUGAAGCAGUACUUAUCUAAGUACAAACAUCGUGAUUACACCUCGAAGGAAGUGAUGAAUUUGAUUCAAGUGUACAAGAGUUUGGCUUAUCGUUUGGAAGCUUUUGUGUUCAACAAUGGAGUUCGGAAAGAUUUGCUCCACCUUGAAGGAACGAUCCCAGUUAAUUACAAAGGAGUUUUUUAUAAUAUCCCCGUCUGUAUCUGGCUCAUGGAUACUCAUCCACAGAACGCCCCUUUGUGUUUCGUUAAACCUACACCAGAUAUGUCGAUCAAAGUUUCGAAGUACGUAGAUAGUAAUGGGAAGGUGUAUUUACCAUAUUUGCACGAAUGGAAUUCCAAUGGCUCUACACUGCAGAAACUUAUUCUUUGCAUGAUAACUGCGUUUGGAGAAAUACCACCAGUGUAUUCGAAGCCGCGAAAUGAAAGUAGACCGCCAUAUCCCGUGAGUUCGUUUAUGCCACAGCCUUCUGGUUAUCCAUAUCCUCAAGUGUCUCAACCAGGAUAUCCCAAUUUUGCAUCAUUUCCAACUCCCUCAAAUGUACCGUACCCUAGCUUUGGCGCACCCUAUCCUGGUUCUGUUAGCACCAAUGGUACUCCAUAUCCUCUUCCAGGUCCCACUACAUCACCAGGCCCUCCAAAUUUUAAUCGACCUGCAGAACAAAAUGUAUCUGGUGGCACAAUAACUGAAGAACAUAUUAAAGCUUCUCUGCUAUCAGCUGUCAUAGACAAGAUGAGGAGGCGACUCAAUGAACAGUCUCAGCAAUCGCAAGCGGAACUAGAAACGUUGCGUCGGACACAGCAGGAACUCAGGGAUGGCAAAUCAAGACUUGAAGAUAUUUUGGCAAGGCUGGAUAGGGAAAGAUCUGAGUUAGAUAAAAAUGUAAUUAUUCUGCAAGAAAAGGAGAAAGAACUUCAAGCUUCAGUAGAACGUUUGGCAGAACAAGAAGGAAUAGAUGUAGAUGAGGCAGUUGUAACUACUGCACCAUUGUACUCUCAACUACUAAAUGCUUUUGCUGAAGAAGCAACAUUGGAAGAUGCUAUAUAUUACAUGGGUGAAGCUCUACGUAAAGAAGUUAUUGAUCUAGAUACAUUUUUAAAACAAGUGCGUACACUGGCUCGCAAGCAGUUCACUCUGCGUGCUUUGAUGCACAAAUGCAGGCAGAAAGCUCAGCUGGCAUGCUAGUAAUCCAGCAACUGUGGCAAACAUAAAUGGAAAAAGAUGUUUAAAACUGGGAUAUUUAAAUAUUAAUUUUCCUUGUCAUAAAGAGUGACACUUUAAUUUGAGUCUUGCUUUUCUUUAGCUGUUCUCAUUGGUUUAAAUGAUUUAAUCAACAAUAGACAUUUUAAUAAUACACCUUGUAUAUGUUAUACUUUAGUCUAUCUGUCCUAUAUUAAAUGCAUGUGGGCAGAGCUUAUUUAUUAAUGAAUAAUGAUGUAUUUAAAACCUUAUCUGAGAAUAUGUGUUGUGUCAGAUUUUUUUAUGUAGCGAUUUUUUUAAAUAAUAUGUAUAAAUACCCUCACAAUCACUAUGAUGAUUAAAUUUAUAAUUUUGUUUUUGGUCUUAAGAAACACAAUGAUUAUUAUUUUAUGUCAUAAAGUAUGAAAAGUUAUCACAAAUAUUCACACAAUAAAGCAGAACUUAAAUUUGUUUUUCUAUUUCAAAAUUGAUGAGGUUGACUAUUUUUUAUUUAUUUAUAAGCAUUUAAACAGCUAGAUUAUUGUAUGUAAAGCAAUUUUUACUAGAAAAUAUCCAACUUGGUAAUCCAGCCUAAUAAAGUUCUUUAUAUUGUUUAUAAUUUGCUAAAAUAAGUUGUGUAAUUAUAAUGUUUUAUUUAGCUAAAUGUUUAAAUUUACAUAAUAUAUAUGCUUAAGUUGCCAAUAGGGUAUUUGACAAGUUUUAGAAAACGAUCUCACGUUAUUGACUAAUGUUUAUGGAGUCCGUAAAAAGUGGAUAUUCAUCAUUCAGUUGUGUAUUUCAGUAAAAAUAACCAUAUCAAAAACUCCAUUUUCAAGUUGACGCGAAAACGUUUCUAUGGACAAUAUGGCGUCUUACUAGUGUGUGACGUCACGACUGUUAUUAAAACGUCAAAUGAUACUAUGUAAUGUCACUUAACUGGAAGUUUACUUGUGUUCACACGCCGUCAUUUAAAGCUCCUCCAAUCCCAAGCUUUUGGGUCACGUGACAAUAGAUAAGUUAUUAUCUGUUUCGUUAGUUUUUAGUAAAAUUAUGAAUAUUUUUUUAGUAAAAAUAGUUCAUUCAUUCUAAACACAGAUGCUAACUGUUGGCACUUUUUUUUAACACUGUCAAAUACCCUAUUAUGGUUUUUAGUAAGUAGUAGCAUUAUUAUGUAUAGGCGCUGAUUUAAUGGUAAUGCACAUUUGUGGGAGAAAUAAUAAUAUGCAUAAAAAUAAGUGGUUGUUAAAUUGCUAGUGCCAUGAUGUAAGGCAAUUAAAAUUAUGUUAUCCAAUUAAGCGUUCAA